AUGCAGGAAGAAUCAUCGGUUCCUUAUUAGGAGAAGAUACAAUAUUUAUUCCUUGUCUCCUGGGAUGAAGCUCUUCUAUCUAUUGUCCUCCCCAGUUCUCUACGCUGAUGCUUAAUUUUCAAAACUUCUAUAUUACCAAGGGACCUACGACAUCAGCUAAAGAAAUACCCAGCAAGUACAAAAUCUGAGCCAGGGAGCUGCUUUUGAGCAGAGGGAACAUUUAUUUCAUCCAGGUUUUGAGAGGCUCUAGACACGAAAUUCAUAUUUAGAGGGAAAAUAAUAAAAAACAUUUAAGUUUGGAUUUUUGGAUUCUUCCCACUCAUUAUUAUCGUAGAAGCACUGGUACUGGAACAUCAUGUCCACAACAUUUCCCGGACUCGUCCAUGAUGCAGAGAUACGUCAUGACGGAUCAAACAGUUAUCGUUUGAUGCAGCUUGGAUGUCUAGAGUCUGUGGCCAACUCAACUGUCGCAUAUUCUUCCUCGUCUCCUCUUGCAUACUCUACAACUGGCACCGAAUUCGCUUCCCCUUAUUUUUCCACUAAUCAUCAGUAUACUCCAUUACACCACCAAUCCUUCCAUUACGAGUUCCAACACAGCCACCCGGCUGUCAACCCAGAUGCCUACUCGUUGAAUUCUCUUCACUCGCAGCAAUACUACCAGCAGAUCCAUCAUGGGGAGCCAGCCGACUUUAUUAAUUUGCACAAUGCCCGUGCUCUCAAAUCCUCUUGCUUGGAUGAGCAGAGGAGAGAACUGGGAUGCUUGGAUGCUUACCGAAGGCACGACCUAUCCCUCAUGAGCCACGGUUCCCAGUAUGGGAUGCAUCCAGACCAAAGACUCUUGCCAGGACCAAGCCUGGGACUACCUCCACCGGGAAGCGACGACUUGCAGGGUUCUGUGGAAGCCCAGUGUGGACUGGUAUUAAAUGGUCAAGCAGGUGUAAUACGGAGAGGUGGAACUUGUGUUGUAAACCCUACUGAUCUAUUUUGCUCUGUACCUGGCCGUCUAUCUCUGCUGAGCUCUACAUCAAAAUACAAAGUAACCAUUGCUGAAGUGAAAAGGCGGCUUUCUCCACCAGAAUGCCUUAAUGCUUCAUUGCUUGGAGGUAUAUUAAGAAGAGCAAAGUCUAAAAAUGGUGGGCGCUGUUUGCGAGAAAAAUUGGAUAGAUUAGGAUUAAACCUACCAGCUGGAAGGCGAAAAGCAGCAAACGUUACACUACUAACAUCAUUAGUAGAAGGUGAAGCUCUGCAUUUAGCGAGAGAUUUUGGUUACACAUGUGAAACAGAAUUUCCAGCAAAGGCAGUAGGAGAACAUCUGGCAAGGCAGCAUAUGGAACAAAAAGAACAGACUGGAAGGAAAAAAAUGAUAUUAGCAACAAAGCAAAUAUGUAAAGAAUUUCAAGAUCUUCUGAGUCAAGACAGAUCACCACUUGGGUCAUCCCGACCAACUCCAAUCUUAGAUCUUGAUAUACAAAGACAUUUGACACAUUUCAGCUUAAUUACUCAUGGUUUUGGCACUCCAGCAAUCUGUGCAGCACUUAGCACUUUCCAGACUGUUCUUAGUGAAAUGCUCAACUACUUGGAAAAACACACCACAAACAAGAAUGGAACAACAGGUGAACUCAGCCAGGGCAAUGUUAAUUCAGACAAAGUAACCCUGAGAAAAAAUUCAGAAGUCAGUGUAAAGGACAGCAAGACAGAAAAGUCAGAGUAAGCUCAUCGUCUGGACAAUGGCUACCUUUGUAUUUUACAGGCCACUUUAAUUGCAGCAGACCGACUGCUAUGAAACAGAAGUAUUAUUUUUAGACGGUUAUUAUUUUUUUUAUAGAAAUUCUUCCCUUAUACAGAAUGUAUUUAUUUAUUUAUUAACUCCAGUAAUCUCUUACAUUGUUGUCUGAAAAGGGAAUAGAAUAUGAAGUAUAUGCAGCAGACUGAAAGAUGAAACUUGGUGGGGGUAUUAAUCCAGUGCAUUAGAAAAUUCAAAUCAUGUUACAGAAAUUUUCAUUUUAAGAGAUAAUAUAUACAAUAUUUUUUCAUCUGUACUUAAGUUAAUGACUGUUAGUAGCUUUACCCUUAUAAUGAAUUGAAUUUUCCUUUGGUUCAUUGUAAAUUAUGUAUUUAUGUGUCGCACUAAAAGCAUAGACUUGCACAAGGCCUUACAGCUGAUGUCUACUGUCUCUUACCCAUUAUAUUAUUUAGAUAACAGCAACAUAGAAUUCUCCCAAAAAAAUCACCCAGCAAAAGAAAUUUCAGCUGGUGGUUAAAUGACAAAAUGUGCUACUACUUGAAAGUAUGGGCUUCAGCAAAUGGUCACUAGCAACAAAUGCAAAUAAGCCAUACUAUUUCAUAACAUUUUGAAGUUCUAACCAAUACAUAUACCAAAACUACACUUUUCUGGUGCAAAUAAAUGAAUGGUUAAUUGUGUGGUUUUGAGUUUUUUUUAAGUUUUUUUUUACCACACUGACACACUACAUUUAAAUUUUUCUUGGUGCAAAUAAAUGCAAAACUAUAUGCAGUCAGAAUACUGCACUCAUAUGAUAAAAUAUAUUAGUAAACAAAAAUAUACUUCUAAACACUGGAUAUGAAAAAAGUAGAUUAAAAAUUAAAGAAAACAGUUGUCUGCUUUCAACAUUUGAUACUGCUUGGCAUAACUUCUACACUUGGAAUUCCAGAUUCAGUGUGUAAUUCAUGAAUUUUCCUAAAUGCACAUUUUAUAUUUCAGAAACCAGUUUCAUAUUAUGGUAUAUACUGCAUUAAUUUUAUAACACAAAACUGAAUAACUAAGUAGUACAAGCACUAUUACAUCUGUUAACAGGAAUAAGCAUCAUAAAUUGCUUUUAAUAGCUUCAAAGGUAUUCAUUUAUGGCAGGAAUUGUACUACUUUUUAAGAGUUUCUUUGCCAUUAUGUGUAACGUGAUAUACGUCAGUGAAGAAACUAGGAAAUCAUCAGGUUGAUAAACUCAGAGAUAACAUUCAAUGUGAUAUUUGAUCAUGUUUUGGUUUCAACUGGUCAUCCUUAUGGAUAUGAUUAUUUAUUUGUUUGUAUGUUUAUUUAUUUGUGCAGUAGCCCAAUUGUAGACUGGUGGUCACACCAAGUAUAGAAAAGGAAGGUUAUUGUAUUGUGUUUCUUUGGAUUUAAAGCCAUGGUUUAAAUGAAUAUGUCCCCACAUUCAAAUUACUUCUAUUCUAUCAGCAUGUAGACAGUAAAAUGAAUGAUAUCACAACAGUAAGAGUAUGGUGAGCUUUGGUGAAUUUCCGAUUAAUCAGUACAACUGGUUCUGUUUCAAGUAGAGCUCUUCUUAAUUUUUAUCUAAAUUCUAUCUAGUCAAAAUAGAUCUGUUAGUCUGCAAGAAUCCACUCUUAUCAGGGCUUCCAUAUACUUCCUGGAGUCCCAGUUCUAUGGGCACUCCAUUGCCAAGUUUAACUUUCUGAUGUUGAACUCCUAAUCACUAUUUUUAUAGAAAGUCAUGGUGUUUUUUUGUUUUUGGACUUACAACCCUGCAGAAAUACCUUAACUUGUUCUCAGUGAGUUGAAUCCCAAAUAGUUUAGUUCAACAAGCUGAAUCUUCAUCAAGUCAAAUUUUGAAAUGUCAUUGUUGACGUCUUUUGUCUCAAAGAGCUGAUGACAAAUUGUCAAGUCUUGCAAAAGGAGCAGCCUUUGUCCACAUUUUGUCAAGUUUAUUUUGGCAUGCUGCAAAUCAACAUAUUAUAAAAGCACUUCAGCAUAAACAUUAAAACUGGGUGAGAAGAAAUUAUUAUUACAUAGAAACAAAACUGAGUUUAUGUACCUUGAAUUAUUUCAUUGGUUUAUCAUAUUCUUGCUGAGUAAUGUUUACUGCAUGUUUAUUUACAUUUAUUCCCAAUAUUUUAAAUUCUAAUGCUGGAUGUAUACAAACUAGAACAUGCAAUGGUACUCACUCUAUAAGACUUCUGUAGUUCAUAUUUAUACAAAUCUCUUAGGAGGAAAAUCUAACAUGAUAUACCUUAAUGUAAAACUUAGCAUAUAGAGCAAUAUAACAUAAUACAUUUUACAAUAACCCCUGAAAUAAAUAGCAUAAAGAAAGACAGGUGACAUCACAGUAUGAUAAUGCAUGAUCAUUUAAAUACACUUUUCACGCAGUCUGUGUCUUGAAGGAGGUGAACUCCAAUCAAAUAGGAUCUGCUGCUAUCUAUGUGAAAUGGAAAUACAUGUGAGUAAAGAUAAAUAGUAAAACAGAGCACAACUAUCAUUUCACAAACUGCAUUAAUUUCAUAAAAUGGAGGAGAAACCAACUACAUAUGAGUACAGAUGUUCCUCCAGUUUCAUAUUAAGCUACUAUAUAAUUUUAAGUACUGCUAAACAUGCAUUGAAGGAACUUUAAAUCACAUGUUUCAAAAGUGAAAUGAGAGCUUCCUCACCUAGUUUCUCAUUCUGAAAAUACCAAACUGUAGAUUACCUUUUCCACUGAAGAAGUGCCAUGAAGAUGAAGGGGAAGUACAGAAUAAAAAAAAGAAACUGUACUUACCUGCUCAUUCAAUAUUUUACUUUCUUUUCUAGCAAAUUACAGGAAAUGUAUAUAUAAAACAUGCUAUUAUACAGGCUUAAAUUUGUUCCAGAUUAUAAAUAUGUAAAUCCCGUUUAAACAUAUUACAGAAAGAUUUUUUUGUAUGAUGAAAUAUGUGGUGAUUGUAACUUAUUGUAUGUAAAGACUUGGUCACAAAUAAAAGAAUCUCUUAUUUAUUA